GGACGAUCGAUGCUCCCGCGUGCCCCCCACUACUCCUCCAGUUAGUUAGUUAAUAAUGAUGAAAGAACUGAGCUGCUCAAGCUCCUUCGUUCUCGGUCAACGCCUUCUCCGUUUCCUCAUUUGGUUCUGUGAUUUUUUAGCGGUGCCUCUGGGCCAUGGCGACCUUCACAUCCCGCACGAAGCCCCACGUCAACGUGGGCACCAUCGGGCACGUCGACCACGGCAAGACCACCCUCACCGCCGCCAUCACCAAGGUGCUAGCCGAGGCGGGGGCCUUUAGUAAGGCGGUGCCGUGCAACCAGAUCGACAACGCCCCCGGUGAGAGAUCUAGAGGAAUCACCCUCUCGACGGCUCAUGUCGAAUACGAGACCGCCAAGAGGCACUACGCCCAUGCGGACUGUCCAGGGCAUGUCGAUUUCACCAAGAACGUGAUCACGGGAGCUGCUCAAAUGGAUGGUGCUAUUCUCGUCGUGUCAGCUCUUGAUGGCGUGAUGCCACAAACAAGGGAGCAUAUUAUUCUAGCUCGACAGAUUGGGGUGUCGUCAAUUGUUUGUUUCGUGAACAAACUUGACGUAGUUCGAGAUGAAGAUUUAACAGAUUUAGUUGAGAUGGAGCUUCGUGAGGUCCUCAGUCUCUACAUGUUCCCUGGCGACGAGAUUCCUAUCAUCCAUGGAUCUGCUUUGGCAGCCUUGGAAGGAAGGGACGAGGAGAUUGGAAAGAAUGCUAUUUUGAAACUGAUAGAUGCCGUUGAUUCAUACAUCCCUGAUCCUGUGAGGGUGCUUGAUAAGUCUUUCUUGAUGCCAGUUGAAGGGAUUGUCUCAAUUCAGGAUCAUGGUACUGUUGUGACUGGACGUAUUGAACGGGGGGUAAUUAAAACUGGUGAGGAUGUUGAGGUCAUAGGGUUGACGGAGAGUGGUCCCAUGAAGACCACAGUUACUGGUGUUGAGAUGUUCAAAAAGAUGAUGGAUCAUGGAGAGGCUGGUGACUAUGUUUGUCUUCUUCUCCAUGGUCUUAUGUGCGGUGAUGUCGAGCGUGGCCAGGUGGUGUGCAAACCCGGCACUGUAAAGACCUACAAGAAGUUUGAGGCCCAAAUUUACGUCCUCACCAAGAAUGAAGGCGGUCGCCACACGGCCUUCUUCUCAAAUUAUAUCCCACAGUUCUACUUCAGGACAACUGGUAUCUGUGGAAAAAUCGAGUUGCCUCUGCAUGUGAACAUGGUUAUGCCUGGUGACAGCAUAACUGCAACCUUUGAGUUGAUGUUGCCUGCUCCGCUCGAACCAGGUCUAAGAUUCACGCUGAGGGAAGGAGGGAGGACCGUCGGCGCCGGAAUGGUCACCAGAGUCAUGAGCUAAUAACAAUAAUAUGUUCCGACCUUUAUUAUUUUGGAUUAGGGAGUUUUAGUAAACAAAUGAAUGUUGAUAUGAAGGAUUUGUAUGAUCGGAAACACGAGAUAAACGAGAGCCGAGAGCAAGGGGACUGGUGUGCAUUUUGUUUGGAUGCAUUCUUCCAACCAACUGUGAUGGAUGAUGGUUUGUUACCAUUCCGAAAAAUUGCUAUUUUUUCUUCUCAUGUUGGGUAGUUUGCUGUGUAACACCGCAGCUUGUUACUUUGACA